AUGCCACCUAAAAAACGAUUAUUUUUAUCUCGAAAUUCGAAAGAAGUUAAGAAAAUGAGAAAUGUGCGUUCUCAAGAAUCGGCAGAGGAAAGAGCACAUCGGUUAAACUCUAUGAGAGUUAGUGCCUCAACUUCUCGAGCCAAUGAAAGCUCUCCAGAAAGAGAGAUGCGAUUAGCAGCUGACAGAGCGAGACGAGCUACAUCACGGGCGUCUCAAAGUUCUUCUCAACGAGAGCUAAGGCUUACCAUUGACCGAGAACAACAUGUGUUAUCCCGAGAAGCUAAAACUGCUUCACAACGAGAAUGCGGCACUUCACAGCUGACCGCGAACGGCAUACAUUAUCUCGCGAGUCCGAAACCUACACUGAGAGGGAAUUACGUCUCACAGCUGAUCGCGAACGGCAUGUACUAUUCUGUGAGUCCGAAACCUUUACUGAGAGGGAAUUACGUCUCACAGCCGAUCGCGAACGGCAUGUACUAUCCCGUGAGUCCGAAACCUACACUGAGAGGGAAUUACGUCUCACAGCUGAUCGCGAACGGCAUGUACUAUCCCGCGAGUCCGAAACCUACACUGAGAGGGAAUUACGUCUCACAGCUGAUCGCGAACCGUUUGAUAAAUGAUAGGAUGCACCAUAAUAUUAUUCGAUCUCUUGAAGAUGAACAUGAGCAUGAACAACGACUAGAGUCGGGACGUGAAAUUACAAUUCUUUGA